AUGAUAUCCCAGGGUUAUUCAAGGUAUCGAAAACAUGAUUUUGCUCCUCCUUCCGAUAAUCCAAUCACUGGUGUUCGAUCCAAAGAUGUCGUUAUUGUACCGGGAGGAUAACGUAAUUGUACGCCUUUACCUUCCUAAAAUCACACAAAAUGAUGAGAAGUUUCCACUCCUUGUCUACUUCCGUGGUGGAGGGUUUGCGAUCGAAUCAGCGUUUUCUACUUACUAUGAUAGUUAUCUCCAUUCUUUAGCUGCAGAAACCAAUGUGCUUGCUGUAUUCAUCGAGUACCGAUUAGCCCAAGAGCACAAAAUUCCUGCAUGUUAUGAUGAUUCAUGGGCUGUCAUGAAAUAGGUGUCUCAUCAUGCCGAUGGUGAACUAGGAACUGAACCAUGCAUGGUUGAAAAGUCAUGCCGACUUCUCCCGAGUUUUCUUGUCGUAAACGUAAUAGCGUAGGAGCCAAUAUUGCAUAUAACAUGAUGAUGCGAGCGAGUGCCGAUGAAGAUAAACUUGGAGUUGGAGAGAGGUUAAAACUUGUCGGAAUGGCAUUAAUUCAUCCCUAUUUUGGUGGUAACAAUAAACCAGACCCAAUUUGGUCUUAUUGUUGCCCUGAUCCUAAAUCUGAUGACCCAAGAUACAAUCCAGCAGCUCACCCGAAUUUGCUAUCGAAGUUUGUUUGCUCCAAGAUUCUGAUCUGCACUGGGGGCAACGAUAUUAUAAGGGACGGAGGAUGAACUUACUACGAGGUACUGAAGAAAUGUGGAUGGAAAGGCCAAGUGGAGAUUACGGAAAGUGAAGGAGAAGAGCAUGUUUUCCAUUUGGUUAACCCAACUUGUGAGAAAGCUAAGGAAUUGAUGAAAUGGCUGGCCGAUUUCUUUCAGCAAUCAACCUGAAUUCUUGCUUGUAAUACUUCAGUUGUUUCUCUUUACUGUUUCUUUAAUCAUCAAAUAAGUAGCUGUUUGGAGAUGAAUUUGAAAUUGUUGAUUUUGAUAGGGAUGAUUCGAAGUUGAAUUUUUAUUUGAA